AUGCGUGUGCAACGAGGUGUUGAUGAAGGAGUGGACUCUCUCUCCAUCGAACAGAGUUACAAGCAGAUCACCAGUGAUGCAUUUGCUUUCUUGGGCGCUGUCAACACCAUCGUGGCUACAACGGGGGUCAACGGGAAGGAAGGAAAAGGGGGAAGAGAGCAGACGGACAAGAAGAAGGAUGGCAAGCGGGAGAAGAAUCGAGCCCCCUUCAAGGGGCGCUGCUACAACUGUAAUAAGGAGGGGCACAUGGCUGCCAAGUGCCCCAAUAAGAAGAAAGAUACAACGCCCGCGGCAGCCGCGAACGUAGCUAAAGGAGACAGGAAGGUCGUGGCGCUCACCGUCUCGUGUUCGGCUGCAAAGUUGCUGGCCGACGACAAGGACUUGUGGUUCCUUGACUCAGGAUGCUCCCAACAUAUGACCGGCCGCAAGGAGUGGUUCACGGUGAUCCGUGACCCAUCUGCAACGAAAUCGGUCAAAGGGUUUGAUGGUUCUAUGCAGGAAGUUGCCGGUGUUGGUGAGGUUUUGCUGGAGGGCACUAACGGCUUGCGUGUGACCCUACAUGAUGUCCUCUUUGUGCCGGGAAUGAAGGCCAACUUGGUCUCCCCUGGGCAGCUCUUGGACAAGGGAGCAAAGAUGCAAACCGAGGAAGGUGUCACUCGCAUCAUCGCAUCAGGAGGUCAAGUGGCUGCAGCGGCACGAUACGGCCAUCGCUUUCACUGCCUUGACCAGAAACCAGGGCCAGCAAGGAACGGUGCAAAGGCUGCAGCGGCAUGCAACGGCACGCCGGCUACAGCGGCAUGCACCAAUAUGGCGGGUGGAGCGGCGAGCAAUGGCACAGGGGCUGCAGCGGCAUGCAACGGCAGGGCGGCUGCGGCGGCAUGCAACGGCAGGGCGGCUGUGGCGGCAUGCAAUGGCACGGCGGCUGAGGUGGCAUGCAAUGGUAUGCUUAAGGCAUUUGCUGAGGUGGUGUCAAGCGCACCGGAAGAGAAUGACGAAGCGGCCAGCCUCACAACACAUGCGGUGGGGACCGAGGCGAUGCUCAACCUGCCGCACACUUACCUUGAGAAUGACCAUGCUGGUGCGGUGCAGUGGACAGCCACAAACAGUGGCAUGCUAGGCAUGGACCUAGAAAAAGGAGGGGAGGACACGUCGAGCGCCUCCUCCGAAGAAGCCAAACUCACUCGUCAAACGCUUCCGCUGCCUGACGAGCAAGAGGGGGAGGUUCUUGGGAUGGUUGGUCCCUCUGCGGAUGAACGUCGUGCAGCUGAUGAAGACAAGAAAGGAGAGGCAACGGACCUGAAAUCGGCGGCAGCCCAAGGGAAGGACCCCAUACCCACGGUUCUGCCCCUCCAGCCCAAUCCCCCACCCCCAUGUCAUUCUAGCAGGUCCAACAAGGGUAUGCCACCUGUACGCUUUCCCACAUCAACCAUGAUGGCCUCGGAUGCGGAUGAUGGCAACAACAUGUACGACAUGGCAUUCCUUACUAGAGUUGUUUAUGGCACGGACAUCUACUAUGAUGUGGAGUACUUCGAUAAGGCUGUUGAGGAGGAAGGGGGAUUGGGGAGCGUCAUCAUCAACCUCGGAGUAAUCUUGACAGGACCUGAAGGCAAGGUGGUGGACAAAGGUCUCCUUGUGGUGGAAUACAUGUCAUCCACGGAAGGCUAUCUUGGUCUGCAGAUUGUGCGCGACCGCCCCAACAAGACACUCCUCCUGCACGAGAAUGCAUAUGGGGCGAAGGUGCUGCAGCGGUUCUUCAAGGGGGCGCCACCGAAGAAGCAGCCGAUCACCCCUCUUUCCUCUACCAGCUUUGUCAUGGAGGAUGCUGAGCUGUUUGCCGAUCGCACCAUGACCAACCGCCUUGCAACAGGUACACACCUCAGAACGAAUGCGCAUUGGUAUGAGCUCUUCCGCACACUCUCCUACUGGGCUGCCUCACCGGACAAGGGGCUGCUGUUCAAGGGAGGACCAAAGAGUUUGACUCUCGUGGGGUAUGCAUAUGCAGAUGAUGCACGCGACAAGGAGAACCGGUUGUCCAUGAGAGGCUACCUCUUCAAGCUUGGCAGAGCUGCCGUUUCAUGGCAGGCCAAGAAGCUGCAGGGUGCGACCAAACUUUCCUCCACCGAGAGCGAGCUUGUGGCUGCGGUGGAAGCGGGAAAGGGGGGGCGCAAGCUAAGGUUCCUGCUGUGGGAGUUUCAACUGCUCAAGAUGGGUGUCCCCACCACCCUGUACGUCGACAACAUGUCAGCAAUGCAGCUCAGCCAGGCGGGCGGGCUGCAGGGGCGCAUGAAGCAUGUGGACCAUCGCCACAUGGACCACUUUCUCGCCCUCGACCCCAUUGAACUCACACUUACCUCGCUGGAGAAGUCUCUUCUUGAUGCUGAGACCAGUACCAACGCUGUCGCUUCCUCUCGCGGCACUCCCUGCUCCCCCUUCUUUGAAGGGUGUGCUCCCUCCCCUCUCCUCCCCUCUGUUGCUACUGCUACUCGUUUCGGCCUCCUUGGUGCUGAGGAAUUUGGUGCUGUGUCUGCUCCUAGUGGGAGGCGCAACAACAGCAAGGGCAAAGGGGGUAAGGGUGAUGGGGGCGGCACUAGCGGUGGUGGUGGCGUGGGUGGUGGUGGCGGGGGUGGAGGCGGUGGGGGUGGAGGCGGUGGGGGUGGCUCUGGAGGUGGAGGCAGUAGAGGCGGACGGGGUGGUGGAGGCAGCGGAGGUGGAGGAGGCGGCUGGGGUGGUGGAGGCAGUGGGGGCGGUGGAGGAGGUCGUGGUGGAGCUGGCAAGGGUGGAGGCCAUGGCGGUUCCGCCCGUGGCGCUGGAGGCUAUGGGAGUGGACAACAGAUGCCCACCUCCCGGACAACCCCACCACUUAGUAGCUUCAUGAGUGGGUUGUCUAGCGUGAUUCCUCUAGGGGCUCUGGUCGCUGUCGGUACCAGUGAGCCGGCUGCAGCUCUAGGUGCUGCUAUUACAGGUACUAGUGAGUCUGCUGUAGCUCCAGGUGCUAGUGCAUCUGCUGUCAUAGGUGCUAGUGAUUCUGCUACCUCCGUUGAGGCCCUGCACACUUUCACACUUGACUCAGGCGCGUCUCAUUGCUUCUUUCGUAACUGCACCGCACUCACACCGCUAGCUGCACCUGACCCAGUCUCACUGGCUGACCCCUCUGGGGGUCCAGUAGUCGUACGAGCCUCCAAUGUCCUCCCAUGUCAGGUCUCCACCUCCCCUCGUUCUCGACAAACCUGGUGA